UCAGUGCUACGGUUUUUACGACGAAUGUAUAAACAAAUAUGGCAAUGCGAAUCCUUGGCAUCAUUGUUGCAAAGUGUUUGAUCUGUUCACAAUCGCAGCAUUGGUCGAUGACUCCGUGCUGUGCGUUCACGGUGGGCUCUCGCCUGAGGUCAGAACUUUGGAUCAAAUGCGCACAAUCGAACGAAAUGUGGAGGUACCUCACACCGGACCUUUGUGUGACAUCCUUUGGUCGGAUCCCGACGAUGUGAAUCAGUGGACGAUUAGCCCCCGUGGUGCCGGUUACUUGUUCGGUCCCAAGGUCACGCACAAAUUCGUUGAACUCAACGGGUUGCAAGUGAUCUGCCGUGCCCAUCAGUUGGUUCACGAGGGAUACAAGGUGAUGUUUGAUGAUCGCCUCAUCACUAUUUGGUCGGCUCCCAACUAUUGUUACCGAUGUGGGAACAUUGCAGCUAUCCUCGACUUCCGAUCCGCUGACCACUACGAGGCGAAAUUGUUUGACGCCGUGCCGGACGAGGAACGAGUCAAACCGCCUGCUCGCAUAACUCCCUACUUUUUGUAACGAGGAUCAUUCUUCAACUCCUGGUUCUGCUGCAAAUGUCGAUUUCACGCCGUUCGGAACGCACACCGGCAAUCGAUUGAGUUCGGCCGAAUUGCUUCGCUCUGCUUUGCAUGAUCUUAUCCCGAUCACCUUGUCCAUAACCCAUCCCCUGUGACUUUGCCCGUUUCACUGCCAAUGGACUUUUGGACUAGGCUGUACAUUUUACUGAUCACUAAUGGUAGUGUUUUUUUAAUCCUC